AAGAUGAAGUUUGAGGACCUUCUAUUAGAGAUUAACGGUUUUGGAAAGUUCCAGAUAAUGAUUUUGUGCAUCAAUUUCUUUUGUCGUAUCACCAUACCAUGUCAUUUCCUGCUGAACAAUUUCAUUGCAGCUAUUCCGACUCACCAUUGUGACAUCAGUGCUCUGGACGUCAGUGAUGUUUUUGGAAACCUUAGUCAGGAACAAAGGUUGGCUGUCAGUGUUCCAGUGAUGAAAAAUGGGAAGUGGAGUUCUUGUCUUAUGUUUACAGAGCCUCAGCUCCAGCUCUUGACGGGUUCCUCUAAUUCUACUGACCUCCCGACGGUGGCGUGUCUGGAUGGAUGGGUUUACGACAACAGCACUUUCGUCAGCACUCUGGCCUCUCAGUGGGAUUUGGUAUGUGAGAAGAGAGCAAUGAAUAAAGCCAUGGCGACCAUUUUCUUUGUUGGGGUCAUGUUUGGAGCAGCUGUGUUUGGCAGCCUGAGUGACAGGUACGGGCGAAAGAUCAUGUUGUUGGUGUCAUAUAUCUCUGGAAUGGGUUUUGGAUUGGCUAGUGCUUUUGCCUCCUCCCUCAUCAUGUUCUCUGUGUUGAGAUUCUUCACUGGUUUCAGUAUCACAGGAAUUGCCAUUGUCUCAACUGUUCUCAAUGUGGAGUGGGUAGAUGUCAAAUACAGGAAGUUGGUGGGGGUGAUUGACAGCUUGUCAUGGACGUUUGGGAUUAUGUGUUUAUCACUGAUAGCAUACUGUGUUAGAGACUGGAGAUGGCUGACUGUUGCUGUCACAUUACCCAUCACACUGGGCAUCAUCUCCUGGAGGUGGGUCCCAGAGUCUGCGCGGUGGCUAGUAGCUACUGGUCAGCUGGAUAAAGCUCAUCAUUACCUAAAACAAUGUGCCAUCAUGAACCAGAGGGAAGGAGCCAUCUCCACCAUUACACCACAGACCCUCAAGUCUAUCAUAGUGAAUGAAGAAGGAACCAGGAAGUACUCCUAUCUGGAUUUGGUGAGAACACCAAAGAUUAGGAGACUUGCUUUGUUCACUGGUAUUGCUUGGCUUUGCGUUGCCACUACUGCAUAUGGCAUAAGUUUCAACAUCACUGGCUUUGGCUUGAAUCCAUACCUGACUCAGUUUCUGUACGGCGUUGUCGAGAUUCCCUCUAAAUUCAGUGUCUACUGGCUGCUUGAUCGGUUUGGGCGGAGGAAAACUGAAGUUGGAUCUCUUCUACUGGCUGGGGUCUGUCUCAUGAUUAACAUAUUCAUAUCCAAAGAUCAGUGGAUUGCUCGUUCUACAGUGGCUGUGUUAGGCAGAGGUUUCUGUGCAGCUGCCUUUGGGACAAUAGUGUUGUACAGCUCUGAGCUCUAUCCGACCGUGAUUAGACAGAAUGGGAUGGGUUAUACCUCCUUCAUGGCUCGGCUGGGUGUAUCUAUGGCUCCUCUCAUUCUUCUGUUGGAGGAUGUGUGGAGUGACCUACCUCAGGUGGUGCUCUGUUCCACUGCUCUGAUUGGUGCUAUGGCUGCCCGUCUGUUGCCUGAGACAAGCAACAGGUGUCUGCCCGAAACCAUUGAAGACAUUGAGGGAACUAGGAAAGAACUGAUCUUGAGUGAGAAGAAUGACAAGGAGUAGAGGAGAGAAGAGUGGAGAUGAGAGGAAGCCUGUCCAAUGUACCCCAGUCAUUUUCAAGUUUAUUUAGAGCCCAAUAUCACUGUUUAAAGUCUUAAAGGGCUUUACAUGCACACAAAACAGGAUGGCACCCCCUGACUUAAUCCUCAUAGCGGGC